AUGACUGAGCUUCCUAAUAGACUUGUAGGUAUUUCAUUUUAUAAUGUACAGAAAGCAUAUGACGUAUCAGGAUCUAGGCCCAAACAUUAUGAAACAAUGUAUUUUAAAGAUGGCAAAAGGAAGAUUGAUUACAUCUUAACUUAUGAUUAUGAUGAAAUGGAUGGUGAGGACGAUUCGAGCAGUGUUCACGAAUCAGAUAGUCCUCGUACUGUAAGAACGAAGCAAGAAAAAAGAGCAAGCAAGCGACUACAGUACGAGAUAAAUUUAAGACAGUUAGGACUGGAAUUGGAACAUGUCGAUGGGAAGCACUGUAAAAAAACUCGAUUUGUGCUGGUCCAUGCUCCGUUUUCGUUGCUUUUGAAACAAGCAGAAAGUCUUUCUUUAAAAAUGCCUGUAUUGCGAAGCGAUAUAAAAGAACGGACAAUUUUUGAAGGAAUUUUGGAUAAAUUUAUAAAACGAUUCAGUUUUUUCACAUAUGAUGAAAAAACAAAUGUGCGAUUGAAAGAAACAAACUAUUUCACAGCUCCAUUCAUUGCUAGUCAUAUAAAAUGUUAUGUCGGUCAUGAAGAUCCAGAUACUUUUUUUGAUGAUUCGGAAAGAAGCCGUUUAGUGUAUGAUUUGUUAAUUCGAACUAGAUAUGAUACUGAUGAAGCUGAGAGAUAUCAUGUUGGUAUUCAACGUUUGAUUAAAAAUGGCACUUAUACCUCCGCCUUUCCUCUGCACGAAGAAUGCGAUUGGAAUAGAUACAAUGCUGAAAAAUGUACAGAUCGUGAGCUUUUAUACUGGAAUUGGGCUCGCAUCACAAAUAUUUACAAAUUUCAACCUCUGUCUUUAGUGAAAAAGUACUUUGGUUCAAAAGUUGGUUGGUAUUUCGCGUGGUUAGGUUAUUAUACAAAAGUUUUGAUGUUUGUUUCUGUCAUUGGCAUCAUGUGUUUUUCGUACGGAGUAUCGACUGUUUCAGAAGAUAUUCCAAGUAACGACAUAUGUGGGAGCGAUGGUAUUGGUGCGAAAGCAAUAUUAUGCCCUACGUGUGAUAAAUAUUGUGACUAUACUCGACUUAAUUCUAGCUGCAUUUAUUCAAAGCUAUCAUAUGUGUUUGAUAAUACAUCGACUGUUGUAUUUGCUGCUUUGAUGAGUAUAUUUGCUACUCUAUUUUUGGAAGGAUGGAAGAGAUAUCAUGCUGAAGUGGCUUGGAAAUGGGGUUUGCUUGAUUUCGAAGUUGAUGAGGAAACAAUAAGACCAGAAUAUCAAUUGCGUGUAAAGAAAGCAAAAACUAUGCGUUUCAAUCCAGUCACGCAGCAACAAGAACCAUACUUAACUUUUCGGGAUAAAUUUUUGCGUUUCGUUGGGUCAGGUGUGACGGUUUUGUUUUUUCUUUUCCUUGUGCUAGCAUUCGUCAUUGGUAUCAUAAUUUAUCGAAUCGUAUUUUCUCAAGUUCUUUAUCGGAUAGAUAGGAUGAAACCGUAUGCUAAUCUUGUCACUUUCACUACAGCUGCCACACUGAAUUUAGCAGUUAUUCUAGCAAUGAGCUAUCUUUAUACUUAUCUUGCCUUGAAGUUAACGGAUUGGGAAUGUCCCAGAACACAACGUGACUUUGAUAACAGUUAUACUUUUAAAGUGUUUUUAUUUCAAUUUAUCAACUAUUACUCAUCGAUUUUCUACAUUGCAUUCGUUAAGGGCAAUUUAUCAAGUGUACCUGGAAGGCAAUAUUUUGGUCUUCGUCCAGAAGAAUGCGAUCCAGCUGGUUGUAUGGUUGAACUCGUUAUACAACUAGCAAUUAUUAUGUGCGGUAAACAGUUCUGGAAUGGCUUUGUAGAAUUUGCGUGGCCGCUUCUGAUGACUUGGUUGCGCUCAUUGCAACUGUUGGAGACCAAGAAACAGCGUGACAGAAGAAUAAAAGAUGAGCUGACGGAAGAGAUGGGUAGAUAUGGAAUGAUAGCAAGAUGGGAGCAUGAUUAUAUACUCAACCCAGUUUAUGAGCAAUUCUUAUUCGAUGAGUACUUGGAAAUGGUGAUACAGUUUGGUUUUGUAACCCUUUUCGUGUCAGCAUUUCCUCUUGCACCACUUUUUGCUUUGCUGAAUAAUAUUUUGGAAAUCCGAGUUGAUGCAUACAAGUAUGUGGUCGCUACGCGACGUCCAAUGCCAGAACGGGAACGUGAUAUUGGUAUUUGGUUGCCAAUCUUGAAUAUGAUUAGCAGAGCAGCAGUCCUUGCUUGCAUAAUUGCGUUUACUAGUGAUUUUAUACCUCGUUUUGUGUAUCGAUUUGUUUACAUGCACGAUGACUUGUAUGGAUUUGUAAACAGUUCACUCUCAUUUUAUGAUUCAUCUAAAAUUUUUGUGAAAUGGAGCCAAUUCGAAAAUGAAAACAUUACAGUUUGCAGGUUUCGUGACUAUAGAAAAGUUCCGUGUACUAUUUCUUCAUCAUUAGACUGUGAUGAUGAAUAUGGUCUCACUAUGCGAUGGUGGAUAGUUUUUUCUUUUCGUUUGGCAUUUAUACUCAUUUUUGAGCAAUUAUUUUUCAAGGCAUUGCAGCAUACAGUGGCACUUGUGAAAGCUGCGGUUGCCUAUGUAAUACCUGAUAUUCCUGCAAAUAUUUUCAUUCAGCUUCAACGACAGCGUUUUCUUGCACGACAGGCUCGGAUUUCCGAUAUAACCUCUACGGCUAACAUUCAUAAUGACUUUAAAGAUUGCAAAAUGGAAGCAGGAAGAAAGAAUCACGUAGAAUCUACGGAGAACAAUCUUAUUUUUGAACCUGGACAAUUUGAUGAUGAAUCAACACUGGUGGAACUCGAGAAGGUCAGGAGUCACAGUUUUUGCCAGAAAACACGCUCUUGUAUGUCAUUACAAAGUCAGGAAAGUGAUAGCUUUUAUUCGUGCCAAGGUUUGGAACUCCCGAGCGAAUUAAACGAAGUAGUGUAA